AAAGUGACAUUGAAAAUGUAAAUUGACAUUUAUUACAAUUUGUCCCGUAUUCAUUGUAUUAUUGUAUUUGAUGUAGUUUAAGAUACUUUGCACUAUAACUGUGUUUGACGUUAUAAUCAGGUGAACGGUGUGGUCUAUGUGCCUUUUGUGUGUGAACCACCUUGCCGUCGUAGCCCAGUAUCGUCCUCACAAUAACCAAUACAAACUGUGUAUACAUUUUAUUAGUUUGGGAAAUCGUAAAUGGUUUCAGUUUCAGUUUCAAAACUCAAAGAACAUAUUUGAGUAAGGUACAAUGCUUUGACAUGGAGCUUCGAGUGCUCUCUGACAUGAUCUACCAUCGUGGAUUAUAUCUCUGAUACAAAAUACCUCAAUGUCUAGUAUUUCCGAUUGUCAGAAAAAGCAAAGUGUCUUCUGCAAAUGCAGGUUUAAUGAAUCACUACAAUUUCCCCUAAAUGCAUUUCCUGGUAUGUGAUAUUUAAAUUUCUUAUCUCAUAGGGGUGUAAGUAAUAGGUAUUUUAAAUGCCCUUGAGUAUUGAAAUUGUCCUCUACUCCUUGACGUCUUCUGUUGUAUGACUGGGUACAUAAUAAAAGUGCUCUUAUUACACUGGAUUCAGAGUUAAACUCAUUUUAAGAAAAAAAUAUCGCGUUCCUGUCUGUUUCCUUCUUGCACAAUACUACUAUUCAAGUCGGAUAUUAAAUAGAAACAACACAGCAGUCACAAAGGAUAACAAUACGUCACAAUACUUAGUACUCAAUGCGGAUGUUAAAAUUUUAUAAAUUUACAUGCAUAUGAGGCAGAUUUGAUCAGAAAAGGACUUUUCUUUUUUAAGUAAUCCUAUGAAGAAUGGCAGAAGCAAAUUCUUCAAUGUCGUCUGAGACAAAAUCAAAAAUCAAUCCAGAUGAAUACCUCUUUGUCAUUGCUUUGGAUUUCGGAACCACAUAUUCUGGCUAUGCAUUUAGCUCAAGAAGUGAAUUUGAAGACAAUCCUCUGAAAAUUCAAAACAAUCAAGAAUGGAUUGCAAGUGGAACGUCCUUACUUUCGCUGAAAACACCCACUUCACUUCUGAUUAAGAAGGAUGGAGGCUUUGUUGCUUUCGGUUACGAGGCAGAGGACAAAUUCUAUACUGCGCUGGAAAACGAAAGCCAUAAAGAUCUAAUGCUUUUCAGAAGGUUUAAGAUGAGACUUUAUAAUAAAAUGGGUAUAAACGAAAGCCUGUUGAUAGAAGAUGUGACAGGAGAAGAAUUUCAAGGAAAGCACAUCUUCACGAUUUUCCUUAAAGCGUUAGCAGACCAUUUCAAGACGAGCAUUCAAAAGCAAAAGCUUACCAUAAAUUUGAGACAUGACCUCAAAUGGGUUUUAAGCGUUCCUGCUAUCUGGAGUGAAGCUGCCAAGAAAUUCAUGCGCCACUGUGCAAUAGAUGCUGGGAUACCAGACGAAAUGCUGAUGAUAGCCCUCGAACCUGAAGCUGCCUCCAUUUACGCAAAAUACUUGCCAAUCGAAAGGUACCCAAAUGGGUUUGGAAUGACCAAAGACGGAACCAGAUAUAUGGUGGUUGACAUAGGAGGCGGCACAGCUGAUAUAACCGUUCAUGAAAAGGUAAAAGGGGGUAAGCUACGAGAGCUUCAUCAAGCUACGGGUGGGGCUUGUGGCGGGACAGCUGUUGAUGCUGCCUUUGAGAGCCGCCUUAAUGACAUUCUAGGAGAGAAUGUCAUGAAAAGGCUCCAAGAAAAAAAAACAGAAACAUAUCUAGACAUAUUUCGUGAAUUUGAAAUAGCAAAACGAGCUCUUGAUCCAAAUAAAACAGGCACUAUUCGAAUGACGAUUUCCUUUGUAAGUCUGAAUGAGCUAUGCCAAGAAAUUGAAAAGAAGACAUUGACAGAAAUGUUUGAAAAUGUAGAAGGAAUGUACAUAAAAGGAGAUAAACUGCAUAUUGAUGUGGAGACCAUGAAACAAUUUUUUAAACCAUCAAUUACAGAACUAAUCAACCACAUGCAAUCUAUAAUGGAAAAUCCACAAGCAGAUGGAAUAUCUAUGAUAUUGCUUGUUGGAGGAUCGGCUGAUUCAAAACAUCUCAAAUCAGAAGUGGAAAAAGCAUUUGAUUCCGUUCAAUUGAUAGUCCCCCCAGAGGCGGGAUUGGCAGUACUUAGAGGGGCUGUAAUAUUUGGUCACUGUCCAACGGUCAUAAUGUCCAGAAUUUUGCGUUUCACCUACGGAACCGCUGUCGGCGAAGAAUUUGAUCCAGCCAUCCACAGGGAAGAUAAGAAGGUUACAAUAGACGACAAAGAUAAGUGCGUUGAUUGUUUCUUUACUAUAAUCAGUGCUGGCACUGAAAUAGAAAUAGGACAUAAGGAAAUGAAGAAUUUUUCGACCACUUCUUAUUACCAAGAACUUGCGACGGUCAAAAUAUUUUGUUCCCCACAUAAUGAAGUUCAGUAUACAGAUGAUGAAGGAUGCUUUAAGCUUGGUGAACUGAGUGUUUCUUUGGAUGGAGACAUUAUGACUCAUGACUUUGACGUUAUAUUCGUCUUUGGAGAUACAGAACUACAAGUGAUGGCGACAGAGCAUGGCUCAAGCACUCUUAGUGCCUGCACGCUUAAAAUGAACGAAGAGUCAUGAGUAUAUUAGACAUAAGUUAGAGUAAGAACAAGAUGUCCUAAUGCUUAAUAAUAGAGUGAACUAUAUACAUGUAUAUAUUAUUUAUUGGAACUAUGUAAAUGAAAUGACAAUUUUAAAUUAUAGGAAAGGUUUGAAAUUAUUUCUAACAAUUAUAUGUAAUGUCUUUUUUAUGGGACUUGGACACGAUAAGAGAUCAAAAAUUUUAUUUUUAUUUUUUAUGUAUAAAAUGGUUUACUUGUGUAUUUUAAAUGAUUGAUCAAAAUAUUGAAUGUUAAAGUCAAGUUACAAGCGAGAUACAGACGUAAGAACUGGUUGAUAUGUAAACAAAGCUCGAGUCCUAUAGUUGUUUACAAAAAAAUAAUGUAGAGAAUUACCAUUUCUUAGACUAAAUGACAUGUAAAAAACAAUUUAAACUAACUCAAUUAUUAUUAUUAGGUAUUACGUAAUACCUUAAUUAAAUUUAAAGUCAUCUGCUCGACAAAUGAAACUUACAAAUUACAUUUGUCUCUAUAUUUGUUUCUAGAAUUGUCUCGCUUAUCAAAGAAAUUCACCGCCUGGAGAAAAAAUGAAAAAUUGUGUUUGUUGAUAUACAUGUAUAAUAUUACAUAACUCGAGGUUUGUGAUUGCAGACAUUUAAUUGAAUAGAUUUAAUUAUAACAAAACGUUAUUUAUAUGAAUAAUUGAAUAUUGGUAUUUGCGAUAUUAAAAAUUUUUUUAAAAAAUAAUAUCGUCCGAAUUACAUUAUCUGCAAUCAAUUUUGUGCAAAUAAAAAAUCAUAGCAAAUCAAAUUGUUUCAUUAAUUUAACUACAGGUCAAAAAUUAAAAAAAAAAAAGCAAAACUAUUUAUUUUUCAUGAUAAAAGAAAAUAAAUGCAUCAAACACUGAAUAAAAAAUAAAACUCUUUCC